CGGAGUGAACCCAGGCAGAGUCAGUCAGGGCUAAACGAGGUUAGAGGUAGACAAUGCUGCGGAGUGCAAGCAGUGUCGUGGGCGCGGUGCGCGCAAGCGGAGCGGCGGCUUGGGCGGGGCCAGCGGCGGCAGCGGCGGUGACGGCGUGUGUGGGGCGGCGGGCGGCGUCGGGCGACGCGGCAGGCGGCAGCGGGAUGAGCCUGGACGAGGCGGCCGAGGCAGCACGGGUGGUCAACGCUCGGAAGCACACGCUGGAGCGGAUGCACUAUCGGGCAGCCAUGCACAAGCUGCACCAGGAUGCGGUCUCGGCCCUGGGGGCCUGGCGCGAGUCGGCGGCCAAGGCCGCAGCCGAGCGCUCGCGCCGCAUCGCCGCAAAGUCGGCGGAGCGGUCGGCCAUCUUUGCCCAGCUGCGCGAGGCGCGGCGGGCGGCCAAGCAAGCUGAGGAGACCGAGCGGCUGGAGGUCCAGGAACGCCUGAACGUGGAGAAGGAGCGCAAGUACGCCGCACGCUCCGAGGCGCGCAUCGCCGCCCUCGAGGCUAUGCUUCAGCGGCUGGAUGCCUCGUCGCGCGCCUGGGCCCAGCCCGACGAGCUGGAGAACUUUAUCGAUGCCAAGCUGCAGUACCUGACCGCCCACGACGGCCUCUUUCCUUUUGAGCUGGAGGAGGUCAAGGCCCGUCGCGCCGAGCGCGCGCCGUUCACUCAAGGCCAGCGCCCGCCGCAGCGGCGCGGCCAGCGCGGUGCCGGCGCACGCGGUGCCAACACACGCGGUGCCAAUGCACGCGGUGCCAACGCUCGUGGCCCUGGCGCACGUGGUCCCGGCGCACGUGGCCCUGGCGCACGCGGCCCCGGUGCCCGUGGCCCUGGUGCCCGUGGCCCUGGGGCACGCGGCCGGCCGCAGCACCAGGCACGCGGCGGCGAUGGCGCCCGGCGCCCGCGCGGCCAGCACCAGCAGCGGACAGGUGGACGUGGGGGCACCGGAGGCCAGGGCGGUGCUAGCCGCACGACUGCCGGCCGCAACGAGUAAAAACCAGUGUGAGCGC